AUGGUUCCGAUGAGAUCAGGAUCGGGCACCGGCAUUACACCACUCGAUGAGGCAGAUGACUGGGCAGAAGACUGGCACCAGCCUGGCGGUGGUGGUGGUGCCAAUGGUGGUGCCAAUGGUGGUGCCAAUGGUGUCAGUGAGGAGGCAGGUGGUGCUAUAAGACUGCGAGACUGGACAGCAAGAUCAAACACGGACGAGGACGAUGAUGCCAGAUCACAAUAUGGCUCCGAGAUUAGCAAAGAGGACGCAGAUGUCACCACGGCCUUGAUAUUCACCGAGGGCGGCCCCCUCGGCGAGCCAGAGCCAAAAAGGGGACGGUUUUGGUUUUCACCCCCUGGAGGCAAGGGGGAGGAAACGGAUCUUGAUGCCAUCGCCACGCAACGAAGUGUUUUUGACGACCCUGACCUGGCGGGACAAUACCAACCACAACCAGACUGGGAAAACAUCCACCGCUUCGACCCGUCAGCAAGAUGGACAUGGCGCGAGGAGCGAGCACUGAUCCGCAAAGUCGACUUCAAAAUCAUGCUCUGGACCUGCCUCAUGUUCUGCGCCCUGGAGAUGGACAGAGCCAACAUUCGACAGGCUGUCACGGACGACCUGCUGCCUGAACUUGGACUGACCACCAACGACUACAACCUCGGCAAUUCGCUCUUUGCCUUUUCGUUUCUGUGUGCCGAGGUUCCAUCGCAGUUGAUCAGCAAGUACCUGGGCUGUGAUAUCUGGAUACCGCUGCAGAUGGUGCUCUGGUCGCUGGUGGCGUCAAGUCAGUUUACGUUGAGCGGAAGGUUUGGGUAUCUGGCGUCGAGGGUGUUGUUGGGGAUGCUCCAGGGAGGGUUUAUACCGACUGUGGUGCUUUACCUGUCGUAUUUUUACAAGGCGAACGAGCUGACGAUACGGAUGGGGUUCUUUUGGACAUCGAUGGUGUUUGCGGAUAUUUUUGCGGCGCUGUCAGCUUUUGGGUUGUUGCAUAUGCGUGGUGUUGGGGGAUAUUCGGGGUGGAGGUGGCUCUUUUUGAUCGAGGGAAUGGUGACACUUAUCUUUGGAAUCCUGUCCUUUGGUCUCAUGCCGGCUGGCCCGACGCAGACUGCUGGUUGGCUCAGGGGUGAAAAGGGGUGGUUUGCACCGAGGGAGGAAGUUAUCCUCGUUAAUCGUAUUAUCCGUGACGACCCUUCUAAGGGAGGCAUGCACAACCGGGAACCAGUAUCCCCAAGGCUCCUCCUGAAGAGUCUGCUUGAUUUUGACUUGUGGCCGAUAUAUCUGAUUGGUCUCUUCAAUCAUGUACCCUAUGCCACGCCAACCAGCUAUCUGACGUUGUCGCUCAAAGGGAUGGGGUUCUCGACAUUCCAAACCAAUCUGCUGGUGAUUCCGUCGCAGGUGCUCCAUAUCGUAAACAUGAUAAUCCUGACCUAUGUCAGUGAAUUCACUGGUCAAAUGUCACUGAUUGCCAUCAUACCUCAGUUUUGGGCAAUCCCCUUCCUGGUCUUUUUACGGUUCGUAGACACCACCACAGUGUCCAAAUGGACGGUCUGGUUGGUCAUGACCUUCUUCCUGGGAUCACCAUAUUCGCACCCCAUCCAGGUCGGAUGGAUCUCUCGCAAUGCCAACACUGUCCGCAGUCGUGCUGUGGGCAGUGCUGUGUACAACAUGUGCGUCCAGGGCGGCAGUAUUAUCGGGGCUAACAUCUACCGCGAAGACGAUGCGCCACACUACACUCGCGGCAACACGGUACUGCUGUCGAUACUGGCCUUCAAUAUCGUUCUCUAUUUAUCAACCAAGGCAUACUAUGUAUGGCGGAACCGAAGCCGAGAGGAGGUCUGGAAUGCCAUGUCAGAGAGUGAGCGGGAGAAGUACCUGGCAGAAAACUGGGAUGCCGGAAACAAGCGGUUAGAUUUCAGAUUUGCAUCUUAA